AUGGAAUACAAAGUUGGAACUAUUUCAACUAAGGCUGAUUUAACUACCAAAGAACUUAGCUACGCAAAAAAGGAAAUCAAGAGCGCGGUAAGAAAAGUCGACACUUUGCCUUUUGCUUUGACCCCUAAAACCCCAAAUGGAACAACUCCAAAGUUGAAAGACAUUAUGAAGGCUCAAAAACAACACCGUGAAACUAAAGUUGAUGAAGACAAACCCACUUUUAGAGUGUGCAUAAGAAUUCCAGAUACCAUGAAAAGAGUUAAUAUCCCUGCGAUUGGAAAGAAAAUUGAUGCGGUUGCACAAAAGCCGGUGGCUCAGGAAAUAGGCUAUACUGUCAAAGGGCAUUUAUAUGUUCAACUUAAUGACAAAGAUUUUGCUGAUAAAGCUGCAGAAUGGAUCCCCAAAGUUGACCCUACUUAUUCAGUGCUUGACACAGAUUCUUGGUACAAGGCUGUACUUCAGGAAAUACCUAAUACGGCAUCGAUUGAAGACUUGAAAGAAACUCUCUACAAUUUUAAUGAUUACCAUAUUGUUUUGAAUACCGAACCCAAAAUCAUUAGCAGAAACCAAUUUACCCAAACAGCAUUGGUUUCAUUCAGAAAUGCCCAAGACUAUGCAAAGUGUGCUGAUAAUCUUAUUAUCCAGUACACAAAAGUUAAAUUUACAAAUCGAGAUAUGGUUACCAUUUUGGUUAAAGACAUUACAAUUGUCAAUGUCUAUAAUCAACCGAAACCAUCCAAGAAAUACCCUGAGCCACCGGUUUUUGAGUUUCUCAAACGGGAGAUCAAGGAACAAUACUCAAAGAUUGUCAUUGCAGGUGAUUAUAACUUACAUCACAAGGAAUGGGAGUCAAGGGCAGGUCCGAAUACGGAAGCAGAUGAAGUUGUUGAGUGGCUACAUGAAAAUGAUAUGAUGUUAAUUACUCCAAGAAAUCAAAAAACAUACAACAAUAGAACCAAUAUUGAUUUGGUUUAUGGCUCAGUGGACUUACUUCAUAGAAUUUCAUUUAGUGGAGUGGAUGAAAAUACACUAAGUGAUCACUCAAUUGUGGAGUGGGACAUCUAUAUGUCUCAGAGUAAAAACGGGGAUGAAGUUUUUACUUCGGUGAAGAGAUUGAAUAUUAAGAAUGCAGAUUGGGAAAAGUUUGACAAGGAGCUUUCUUCUGCCAUUAAAGAUUUUAAUGUGCAUAACAAAACUCUAAAAUCAACUGACCAAAUUGAUGACCAAGCUAAAGUUCUUGAGGAGGUUGUAAAAAGAGCAAUGGCAAAGUCGAUGAAGGAAGUUAAGGUGAUGAAAAAGUCCAAACGUUAUUGGAAUCAAGAAUUAAGGGAGAAGUUAGAAAAAGCGCUAGAAGCUAAAAGGGAAGCCCGUCAAAGGCAACCUUCUUUGGCUUUGAAACGACAAAAAAUUGAAGAGGCGAAAAAAGCUAGAAAAAUUUUUGACCACAGUUUGCGUGAAGCAAGUACUGAGCAAUGGAAUAAAUAUUUGUCUAGUUUAGAAGGAAAUGACAUUUGGAAGAUUUUGAAACAUGAAAUAUGGAAGGCACUUCUACCUGAAAUUGAUCAUGGUCUUGAUAGAGAGUUUGAAAUUGAUGACGAUUCUCGAUGGCCAAAAUUAGAGUUUGAUGAAGUUGACUCUGCAUUGGCUGAUACCCCAAAUGAUAAAGCUCCAGGAGACGAUGGAAUUACUGGCAAAGUUUUAAAGAUGGCAUGGCUGAAUAAAGACUUUAAGGAAAGGUUUUUCAAGCUUCUCCAAGCUUGUGUGAAGUUUGGAUACCACCCAAAAGUCUGGAGACAUGGCAUUAUUGUUGUUAUACCUAAACCUAAGAAACCUGACUAUUCAAAGCCAAGAGCAUACCGACCAAUUUCCUUACUUAAGAUUCCAUCUAAAGUACUGAAAAAAUUAUACAAAAAGAAUGACCAAGCUUACAACACACUUACUUCCACCAGAGCAAUAUGGGGAAGACAAGGUUAUUGUGCUACUGAUGCUGUUUUGGAACUUGUCCAAAGAAUUGUAACUAGUAAGGAAAAAAUUUCAGCUAUGCUCAUUGAUAUUCAAGGAGCUUUUGAUAAUGUUAACAGAAAUAUAUUGGCACACACAAUGGAGGAUAUGAAACUACCCAAAGCACUUAUAAACUGGACGUACCAAUUUGUAAGUGAAAGAGAAGCUAGUAUGCUCAUGGACCGAAGAAAAGGAUCAGUACAAAAAAUUAGUACUGGAAUUCCGCAAGGCUCACCUAUUUCACCACUACUUUUUUUGAUAUAUUCCACACCAAUGUAUCAUGCCAUUAAAGAAUGGGGUGGAACUCCUUUUGGCUUUAUUGAUGAUGUGACUAUUACCGUUGAAGAUGAGAAAGUGCAACUUACUUUACCUAAUGGAGAACUUCGUGAACCCCAGAAGGAAGUUAAAUUGCUUGGAAUUACUUUGAACAAUCUGCUUGAUUUUAAAUCUCAUAUUUUGAAUAAAAUCAAUAAAGCAAGAAAAGCUGUUGGUGCUAUUUGGCAUCUUGGUGGCGUGCAAAAAGGUAUGCGAGGGUCUGCAGUCAGAUCACUGUAUAUUGCUUGCGUGAGACCAAUUGUCGAAUAUGGCUUAGAAAUUUGGCAUCACAAAAUUUUGAAAGGAGAAAUCCACAAGUUGGAAGUAAUGCAGAAUAUGGCUUUAAGAAGAAUUGUUGGUGCUUAUCGCACAACUCCUAUUGCGGUACUACAAAAGGAAGCUGGUAUUAUGCCAUAUAGUAUUAGGCUAAAAUUUAUGGUGGCACGAAAAGCUAUUCGUUUACACCUAAAUAUUAGCAAAACUAAUCCUAUUAAUGGUCAUUUGUUAACAUUGAUUGAGAAAUCUCCAAUUGCAAAGCUAACCACGCUUUACAUGUUGGCGAAAGAUGAUAGAGACUAUAUGAUUAAAAUAGAUGAAAACGAAAAUGCAAGAGGGUUGAACCUCUUACACUGA